AUGCGAUAUCGCCUAUUAGGUUUUCUGUAUUUGUUUCUCUUAUUUACAAGUAGCUUCGCGGAGAGAACUCGUGUUAACGACGAUGAAGAUGAUAAAGAUGUCGACGAUGAAAAAGAUCUUAAUCAAAAUAGUCAAAGGCAACAGGAACCACCGGUAAAUAAAGUUCGGUCUCAGAGUCGUGUUUCAUCGAAUAAUAACGACGAUGAUCAACGUGAUGCUGUUCAGCGAGAUCCGGAUCAACAACGAAUGGGAUUGUCCAAUCGAGAGUCACAACAAAACACAAAGCAACGACGUCCAGCAUCUCCCGCCAUGCCACUCGCGACAAGCGAUGAAUGCCGAGCUGAUGUUACAAGAUACUGUGCCAAAGGUAGCAAACAACCACUGUCGAAUUUAAAAGUCCUGCAAUGUAUUGAUGAAUUGGAUAAUGCUGUUAAUCUCAUCACUAAAGAUUGUCAACACUUAAUAUACAGUUUUAAAUACAAUAUGACUCAUGAUCCACGUUUUGAUGAUGCAGCGGAAAGGCAAUGCAAGAAAGAUAUCCAGUUGUUAGAUGUCUGUGAUGAAUUCGUCGGUAAAAAAGGUUCCGGUCGUCUUGUUUCAUGUCUAUAUGACCAAUUGAACAAUAUCACUGAACCAUCAUGUCGAUAUUUCAUCAGUCAAAUGCAAGUAGUUGUUUUCAACGAUUGGCGACUAUCAGAAUACUUCGCCGAUGCAUGUAUCAGUGACAUUAGAAAGCUGGAUUGUGGCCGAUUGGAUGAUGAUGAUCAAGCAAUUCCACAUGAGCAAGGCGCUGUUAUUGCAUGCUUAUCACAAAACUAUGGACAAUUAAAUGGUGGAUGUAGAAAAGAAAUUUUUCGCUUAACUGAAAUGCAAUCAAAUGAUUAUCAUUUGGAUCGAGCUUUGUUUGCUGCAUGUCGUGAGGAUCGAGAACGUUUAUGUUCCCAAGUUCCUAGUGGAAAUGGUCGAGUCUAUCGAUGUUUGUAUGAACAAAAGCUUAACACCAUGAUGUCACCUGCCUGUCGCAAAGAAGUCCAUCGUCGACAAUCGUUAGUUGUUGCCAAUGUCAAAGUCGAUGUUCCGUUGAUUCGAGCAUGUAAUAGUGAAAUGCGUGAACACAAAUGUUCAGUUGAUCCUGAUGAUAAUGACCAACGUUCGUCUCUCAUCAAACUACUUCUCUGUCUUGAGGAUACGAUGAAGAAAGGCAAUCAUAUCCAAGACGACUGUCGACGUGAAAUGCUUGUUCAUCGGCGUAUGUUAAUGUCCGAUUAUGCUCUCUCUCCCGAAAUUGUGUCGCAAUGUAAAAAGGAAAUGAUCGACCAUUGUCCAUCUUUACUUCAACAAGGCGCUAGUGGAUCCGUCGAUCAGCGUGGUGGCCGUAUGAUUCAUUGUUUAUUGAGUGCAGCGCGAAAAGAGAAAAACUUCAAUUCACAAUGCUUAGUUGUACUUAAAUCAUUGAUACGAGCAGUUGAUCCAGGUAACGACAUCCGAUCCGAUCCGUUCCUUGAAACUGCAUGUCGGCCUGUUAUUGAUACCUUAUGUCCAAGGAUAAAGCCAGGCGAUUCGAAUGUAAUCAUGUGCCUAUUGGAUAAUCUAAAGAAUAACCGCAUGACGGAAGAAUGUGAGAAUACAUUGAUGGAAGUAGCAUAUUUCAUGGCACGAGAUUGGAGAUUGACACCGAAAUUGUUACGAUCUUGCCGAACGAAUCUGGUCAGUUUAUGUCAACUGCCAACAAAUUGGUCGAUGUCAACAGAUCUAAGUGACGUUCAAGUUGGAAUGUAUUUAGGCUGCUUGUAUCAACAACGGCAACAGGCAUGUCGCAAACAUGAUUGUCGCACUGAAUUGAAACGACUUAUGCACAUUCGCUCACAAGCCAUUGGCCUAAUGCCAGAAAUCGAAGACAAUUGCAUGGAAGAUUUAGCCACGUGUAAAAACCCUGGCAUUAAAGGAGAAGAAAUGAGGUGUUUGCAAAAGAAAUACAACAAACUCGAAGAAAAAUGUAAAGCUGCUGUGCGAAACUUUACACAAAUGACUAUGACUGAUCCAACCCUUGAUUUUCUGUUGAUGAAAGCGUGUGAACCGAUGAUUCAACUAUUCUGUGCAAAUAUUGAAGGUGGAAAUGAAAAUGAUUUAAUACGUUGUCUGAUCAGACACAAAAACGAACAAAAAAUGGAUUUUCAUUGUAAAGCUGGUAUCGAUCAUCAUCAAAUAACAAGUAUGAAAGAUGAAGCUUUUCUCAGUAAACAAUUCCGAAGUAGAUGUAGCAACGAAGUGAACGAUCAUUGUAAAACCAAGCAAACGAAAGCAACUGUUAUUCAAUGUUUGGCUGAUUUGAUGCUAGCUGAUGUUCUGAAAAACCAAAAUCGAAUAAAUGAAGCGUGCCGUGAUGAAUUGAAAUUUGAACUUCUCCAACGAAGUGAAAGCAUCAACUUUGAUCCAAUCUUAGCAAAAAUAUGUCAUAAAGAUAUCAAACGAUUUUGUUCCGAUCGUACUCCAGGCAAUGCAGAGGUACUCGAUUGUUUGAAAGACCGACGUAAUGAUGUAUCUCCUCAAUGCUAUACCAAAUUGCAGCGACGAGAGAAACUUGACGUUAUCCUACCCGAAAAUGAUUAUAGUUUAAUGUCAAAAUGUGAUUCGGUUAUCCAAAAAUCGUGUGCAAAUGAAAAGAAACAAAAUAUCCUGGCAUGUCUACGUCGUCAUGCAAAUCAAGAUUCCAUGCCUGUUGUUUGUCGACGAAUCUUAUACCAUCGACUAAUGAUUUUGAACAGCGAUGCUCGUUUCAACAAAGGCUUAAUCAACAGUUGUCAAACGGAUAUUUCGAAAUAUUGUAGUGAUGUUGUCGUUGACGAUGAUGACGACGACAAGGACAGCGACGAUGAUGCAACUAUGAAGAAAGAUGACGAUGGUAAAAUUCAAAUUCGACUAGUUCGCUUCGAAUAUCUUAUUUAUUUAGAUGAUGGAAAAGAUGAUGACGCUAAUGUUUCCGAUGGCGGUGAUACAAGAGAUCGUGACAUGGGUGGUCGAGUGAUUCAAUGCUUACGUUCGAAAUACGCGGAUUCAGCAGUCACAUUAGAUUCUCAAUGCGUAACGGAAUUGAUUGACGUUAUUCAAACAUCAAAAUUGGAUAUUAAACUUGACUUAAAACUCUAUAAGAGUUGUAAACAAGAACUUACCAACGAAUGUACGGGUAUCGAUCAAGAAGAUUGUUUGAAAUUGCUCUACCAAAAGGGUAAACUGCAAGAUGAUGAAUGUCGUGAACAAGUUAAACGCAUCAUCAGAGAAGGACAAGCCGAUAUCCAUGUAGAUCGUGCAUUGGCAUUUGCUUGUCAAACUGAUGUAUUGAAAUAUUGCAACGACAUACCAAUCGGAAGUGGAAAACAAUUACAAUGCUUAUUGGAUAUGAGCAAUACAGUGACAAUUCAAUGUCGAAAUAUGUUGAAACAAAGACAACAAUUAUGGGGACAUAUUCCGAAUGUCGAUGGUGUUGUAUCGUUAACGAAAGAAAUUCGCAAAUCAAACAAUAGUAUUUAUCUUAUCAGUGUUAUACUUUUGAUCUUAUGUGUGAUGUUCAUGGCUGGUUGCAUUUGUCGUCCAUAUGUUCAAUAUAAUCGUGUCAGAAAAUACAAAUAA